CAGCUGACUGUGAACAAUAAAGGCAUCAACACCCUCACGCUCUGCAUUGCAGUGCUCGCCCUUCUCCAGUCAGUCCUCUCCGACAACCAACACAAACACAAGGAUCGGAAAACAGCGCAGUCAUGCUGCUCCUAACUCUUCUUUUGGUGUCCUCAGCGGUGGCAACUCCUCUGCUGGGCACUGAGCAGUGUGCUCGUGGCCCCCCCUACUGGUGUAACAAUGUGAAAACUGCAUCUCUGUGUGGAGCUGUGACUCACUGCCAGCAGAAUGUGUGGAACAAGCCCCAGAUGAAAUCUGUGCCAUGUGAGCUGUGUAAAGAGGUUCUGACUGUGGUUGGGCAAGUACUGAAGGAGAAUGCCACUGAGGCUGAGAUCCUAGGGUACCUGGAGAAGGCCUGCCAGCUCAUCCCUGAUCAAGAUUUGAGUAAAGAGUGCAAAGAGAGGGUGGAUGACUACUUCCCCAUUCUCAUGGGAAUCAUCAAGGGAGAACUGGAUGAUCCUGGCGUGGUGUGUGGAGCCAUGGGACUCUGUCAGUCACAGCAGGCAGCCCUGGCUAAGGUUCAGGCCCAGCAGCAGCUCUUGUCCAAUGAAAUACCUCAGGUUGACCUUUCCCAGCAAGUGUCUCCCUUCCUCUUCAAUGUGCCCGGGCUCCUUUAUCCUCUGGAGAACCCCAAAGAGGAGGCUCCCAAACAAGAGUCUCCAAAGCAGGAAACUGAUACAGUGUGCCAGGACUGCAUCAAACUACUGACUGAUGCUCAGGCAGAGGCCAAAGCCAAUUCUUCAUUUAUCGACUCUCUCAUUGAGAAUAUUGAGAAGCAGUGUGAUAUGCUGGGGCCAGGCUUGGCUGACCAGUGUAAGCAAUAUGUUAGCCAGUAUGGAACCCUGGUUGUUCAGCAGCUCAUGUCUAUGGAACAGCAACCCAGAGAAAUCUGUGCCUUUGUUGGCUUUUGUACUGGAAUGAAGAAAUCCAUUCCCAUGAUGACACUUCAGGCCGCUAAGACUGUGCCCGCCGCCAAGGUUUUCCCUGCCGCCAAGCUUUUCCCUGCCACUAAGGUAGACUCUGCUGCAGAAACGUCUGGCAAGCCCAUGGUCCGUGUCCGUGAUUCCCCAACCUGUACCGUCUGCGAGUAUGUGAUGAAACAGUUGGAGAGCAUGUUGCAGCAACAUUCUACAGAGGAGGAGAUUAUUCACGCUGUGGAGCAAGUGUGCUCAAUCCUGCCCUCCUCUUUGAGUUCCCAGUGCAAAGAUCUGAUUGAGACAUAUGGUCAGGCUAUCAUUGAUCUGCUUGUGCAGGAGGCUGAUCCCAAAACUGUCUGCACAGUGCUGGGACUUUGCAAUGGUCAAGGACGUGCAUAUGUUGUUGCACUUGACAAGCCCCGCUUUAAGGUCGGAGGCUACUGUGAGGUGUGUAAAGCUGCAGUCAGUUACAUCGACGGCAUCCUGGAGAAGAAUGCAACAGAGGCUGAGAUUGAGGAAGCUGUGAGAAAAGUAUGCAACUUUCUGCCUGACUCUUACAAGACUGAGUGUGACCAGUUGGUUCAACAGUAUGAGCCAAUUCUUGUCCAGCUGCUGCUCGAGAUGCUUGACCCAGACUUUGUGUGCAUGAAAUUGGGAGCCUGCCCUGGUGCUGCACACAGACUGCUGGGGACAGAGCAGUGCAGCUGGGGACCUUCAUUCUGGUGCAAGAACAUGGAGACCGCACAACAGUGCAAUGCCGUGGCUCAUUGCCAACGCCAUGUGUGGGUAUAGAGGACGACCCAUACAAACUGACCUGUAGGGAAUUCAACAGAAAUACUCUAGUGCUGCAUCCCACUGUUCAUUUUUGUGUUUAAAUUAACUUUGAUAUUUUAAAUGAUGUUAUGGUGGAAAGGGACUAGUGUUUUCUUCUUUUCCCCCUCCAACGAAGUAUUGGAUUAAUGGGCAGGGGGGAGUAAUUACAUGUAUAGUGGCACACAAUUGCUUCACUGUCUGCUUUUUCAAAUUGGCAUCGUUUGAGUUGCACUUGGUUUUUCUUACUGGGAGAGGUGAAAAUAAGAACGAGAAGAAUUUUCACAUUUGCUUUCUCUAUGGUAGUACUUUUUGCAAAUACAAAUGAUUCAGUUCAUUAGUUAAUCUGUAAAUUGGCAGUAAUAAAUUUCUCUGAAACAUUUAUAUUUUGUAGAGAGAUUCGUUGUUUUUAUGAGCUGACACUGGAGGUUAAUCAGAGUGUAAUUUGAGUUCACUCUUUAACUGUUUGUAAAUCUGUGUGCUUCUAAUGCACUAAAAACUUCUCAGAAUUAAAUGUCUGCUUGAAACGCUGAGGUAAUUGUUACAGUGCAAACUUUUUAACAAAUAAAGCGAUUCCCAAUCUAU